UAAUUAGGCGCAAUACAAGCUCCGGAAGGACACGGAAAGCACCGUGAGUCGUGGAUUUCCGGCUUCCAACAGGAAAGGUGAGAAAUCUCUAUAACCCAGUUGUCGGAAUUUCGAUACCUGUGAAAGUGGAGAGUGCAGAAAAUGGUACUGUCACAGAAGAUUCACGAAGCAUUCAAGGGCACAGUGGAGAGAAUCACAAGUCCUCGCACCGUCUCUGCUUUCAAAGAGAAAGGCGUUCUCAGCAUCAAUGAGUUCAUCAUCGCCGGCGAUAAUCUCGUCUCCAAAUGCCCUACUUGGUCCUGGGAAUCAGGUGAACCUAGCAAGAGGAAGUCAUAUUUACCUGCUGACAAGCAAUUCUUGAUAACUAGAAAUGUUCCUUGCUUGAGGAGAGCCGCAUCGGUAGAGGAAGAAUAUGAAGCUGCUGGAGGUGAAGUUCUGCUUGAUAAUGAGGAAAAUGAUGGUUGGCUUGCCACACAUGGGAAACCUAAAGAAAGCAAAAGUGACGAGGAUGACAACUUGCCAUCAAUGGAAACAUUAGAAAUUAGCAAAAGGAAUACUAUCCAGUCAAUCUCCUCAUACUUUGGAGGUGAAGAGGAGGAAGAUAUACCAGACAUGGGAGAGUACGAUGAACCUGACAAUCUCGUUGAAACGGAUCCUGCUACCCUUCAGACAGCAUAUCUUGUGGCUCAUGAGCCUGACGAUGACAAUAUUCUAAGAACCCGAACUUAUGAUAUCAGCAUCACGUAUGAUAAGUAUUAUCAAACCCCUCGUGUGUGGCUCACUGGAUAUGAUGAGUCAAGGAUGCUUCUGCAACCAGAACUUGUACUUGAAGAUGUCAGUCAAGACCAUGCACGUAAAACGGUAACCAUUGAAGACCAUCCACAUCUACCAGGAAAACAUGCUUCGGUACAUCCAUGUCGACAUGGGGCUGUCAUGAAAAAGAUCAUUGAUGUUCUGAUGUCACGGGGAGUUGAACCAGAAGUUGACAAGUACCUUUUCCUAUUCUUGAAAUUUAUGGCAUCUGUCAUUCCGACAAUUGAAUAUGAUUACACCAUGGACUUUGAUCUUGGUAGCAGCAGCACCUGAAUUAAGAGAUGAAUAUGUUGCACAUAAAAUGUCAUGCCAGAGACCCUAGCGAUGAUGCGUCUCUUCAUUUCAUCCAACCUGUGAUCAGUGUUGCUUGUACAGUUGUACAUAGCAUUAAUAGCUCUAAUUCUGAAAUAUGUGUGCAUAUGCUUAUCGUCAGCUUCCCUUGUUUAUUUUACAUUUCAUAAGACGAAUUUGAUGUUAUUUUGAAAGUAAAUUUGCACGAUUAGCUUAAAGGUUGAAAGAUCCUGGCUUUUGUACUUUGGUUUUUUAAAA